AUGCAAUUUUCAAUUUCUUUCUUUCUGCCUGUCUAUCUGUCUGUAUGUCACACUCUCUUUCUGUUUAUCUUUCUAUCCCUCUUUCUGCCUCUCUUUUCUCUCUCGCUUUACGUCUCUCUUUCUCUCUCUUUUUCUCACUUUCUCUAUCUAUAUCGCUUUUUGUCGCUCUAUCUUUCUCUACCUCAUUAUGAUUCUGUUUCUUUCUCCCUUUCUCUUUCUCCCUUUUCGAAUCUCACUUUCUCUCUAUCCCCUUCUCGUUAUUUCUCUCUCUCUCUCUCUCUUUCUCUCCUUUUUACGUCUUUCUUUCUUCACAUUUUCUGUUUUUUUUUCUCUCUCACUUUACGUCUCUAUUUCUAUGCCCUUUUCUGUAUCUCUUUCUCUCCCUCAUUACGUCUCUCUUCCUCUCUUGUUUUGAUUCUCUUUUACUAUCCUUCUUUCUGUCUCUCUCUUGCUCGCCAUCUUUAUGUAUGUACUUUUCUCUCUCCCUCUUUACGUCUCACUUUCUCUCUAUCUUCCUCUCUUUCUUUCUCCCCUCUUUACGUUUGUCUUUCUUUCUCUCUCUUUUUCUCCCCUCUUUACAUUUCUUUCUCUCCCAUUUUCCGUUUCUUUUUUUCUCUCUCUCUUUUUACGUCUCUCUUUAUUCUCUUCUUCUUUACGUCUAUUUAUUAUUUCCUCAAUCUCUAA